AUGGAGGUAAGUGUUACAUAAUGUUUUCAUUGUAAUUUUAUAAUAAGUUAAUGAUCACGUACAUUAGGAUAAAUUGCCAUCUAAAGAAUUUGAUGUGUGGACGUUAAGACAUUUUAUUGAACGCCACAAAGACUGGGAUCAGAGGGAUGAAGUCCAAUUAAUUGAAUAUUUACAACAAUUAUCAAAUGUAAGUUGAAUUGUAUUUAUUAAUAUUAUUUUAUUUUGUAGUGUUCAUGUUUCUGUAAAUUUAAUCACAUUAAUUAUAAUUUAAUAUAUUUAAGUAAUUCUACUCUUUUCCCAACAUAUUUUAAUCUCGGUACCAAUUGUUAUUUUGUUUUUGUUAAAUGUCUUUUUACUAAAUAUAUAAAGUUAUUUAUUAUUUAGUAUUAUUAAUUUUAAAUGUACUUAGGUACUAAAUACAAUUUAAUAAUUUUAAUAAUAAUAAUAAUUUUUUUUUAGAAAAUAACCCAAGGAGCUAAAAAUACAUUAAAUGAAUUGGAUGAUUUGGUAGCUAGCAUAGAUGAUACUGCUGUUCAAAUAUCAAACAUUAAUAAUGAAUUCCAGUUAUUAGCAGAUAAACAGUUUAUAGAAAACAAAGUUCAAGAGGAAGACGAAACUGUGCAAAUUAAAGUUGAAGUAAAUAUAUAAUAUUAGAAUUUAUGUUUCCUCGUUGUAAUAUUUUUAUAUUUAAUUUAAAUGAAAUUUAACCACCAAGUCUCACUUUUGGGAAUUCCGCUGUUGGUCACUGUAGUGUUUACACUAUAAUAUAUAUAUAUUAUUAUUAUUCAUAAAGUAUGUAAUAAACAACUUCAACUGUGACCACUCGUCAAUAAUUGAUAUGUAUUGUGUCCUAUAAUUCAUAUACUUUUCAAACUUAUUUAGAAACCAGUUGCACGUGAAACAAAUAAUGCUGAUACAUUAGUAAAUAAUUUAAAAGAAGCCCUUAAAAAUAGUUUUAAUGCUAUUGAUUCUCAUUUUGAAAAAGUUACUGUUGUAGUUAGUGACUCUGAUGAUGACGACGAUGAAUUAAAGUGAGAAUCAUUUGAAAUUCAAUAUUUUUUUUUUAAAUAUAACAUUUAUAUGUUUAUUAUUUGUAGACACGAAACUAUCUUAAAGCCGAGGACAUUUUACAAAAAAUUAAAUCUUCCAUCAUUAAGUGGUAAUAGACAAUCUGAAAUUGAUGUCAAUAGUGCCAUGUCUUCAGAUUCAGAUUCUGUUGUUGAACAUCCUACAAAUGCAUUUAAAGAUGAGGUAAAAUAAUAUAUAUAUAAAAUACUUGUAUUCAAAUUAUGUUUGGAUAUAUACUAUUUUAUAAUACUGAGUUCAAAUAUUAUAUUAAAUAGAUUUUAUGUUUGAGAGUCCAUACAAAAUUUUUAGAAAUGUAGCCAGUUGGGUUUUGGGAUAUCAUAUUUCUUCUCUGACCUAUAUCAUAUCAAAAACAUAUUUUUGCUGUAGUCUCGCUAUACAUAGUUAAAAUGAUUGAUUUUUUAAACCUAUCUUAAUCCAUUAACAUCAACGUUUUUUUGAUGAUAUGAUAAUAUAAUACAGGAAAUUCCUUUUUAAUAUAGAAUGUCCCAAAAAUUUUUAUUUACUCAUAGCGUUAAUGGGUUAAAUAUACAUUUAUAUAUAUUUAUUUUUUAGGAAUCAUUAUCUAGUAAUGAUAUACCUGAAGAAGAUAUUAAUUCUGUCAUUGAAUCAAAAAUACAUGAACCAAUUACCCAAUCGGUAGAAACUCAUAGUAACAUGUUUGCAACAGAAACAGUUAAACCUAAAAUCGUUUCUAUAUUUGCUGAUAAUGACAAUGGUAAAUUUCAAUAUAUGGUUUUAUAUUAAUUUUAUUUAUUUGAUUAGCAAUUGAAUUAAAAUUUAUUUAUUAAAACACUGCUAAAUUUUGGAACAAAACCAGCCUGUAUUGUUUGGUAUAAAAAUUUAACCAAUUUUGUUGAAGAUCGAUGAUGUAAUUUAAAAUUAAGUCACAUAAUAUUGUACGCACAUCAAAUUGUUUUCUUUUAGCUACUAUUUAUUUUUUUAGCUGGUGAUUUAUUUAUACUUAGCUUUUUGUUUGUUUUAUUAAUAGAUGAUUUGUUUAAUCCUCCUCCUUUACCAAAUGACUAUGAAGAAGAUUUAGAAAAUGAUUAUAAUAUAUUUGGUAAUAGUAGUAAUAUGUAUGACGAAAGAACCUUAUGGGAUGAUGAUGAUGAUGAUUUUUCAAAUGAACCUCCAUUACCAAUACAUUCAGACGAACCUCCCCAGCAAGUUAUUAAAUCUAAUAUUCAAACUAAUACUGAAGUACCAAGUAUACAACAAUCACUGAAUGCUGAAUUACGCAAACGAUUCCAAAAAGGUUGUUUAUUCAAUAAUUAUAUUGACUUAAUUGUUGAUUUGUUUAAUUAUUUUAAUUUAAUACAUUGUUUUAGAUGAUAAUAUUUCUUCUAUGUCAGAUAAUAUAAAUGUAGAACCGCCUAAAAAAAAAGUUAGUAGGUUUAAUAUUUAACUUUAAUGAUUUCCUAUUGGAAUUUUUGUUUAUAGGCUUUAUAUUAAUAAUAAUUGUUUGUUUAAUAGCUCCCAAAAGGAGCUGUUAAUAUUCUUGGUGGAACUGAUAUAAAACCGUACGCUGCCAAUCCUGAUCAGAACACAAAGUAAUUUUUUUUUCAAAUAUAAAUAUAAAAUAACAAUUUAAUUUAAUUGCAUUUAUAUCAUAUUAUAUGGAUGUAUUAAACAUUUGAUUAUAAUACUAAUUUAUAAGAAUACAAAUUACAAAUAUUGGGUGAAUUUCAAUUGUAAAAAUGAGCCCCAACACCAAAACCUAUUGGAAUGUAUCUAUGUUAAAGUGUAAGACCACUUUAUUAAUUUCUGACAUCUUGGCAUCAAUUUUAAUUUUUUUUUAAGUAAACUUUGGGGUGUUCAUUCUGUGUCAAAACUACACAAUAAAAUACAUAAUUACAUAAAUUCAAUAUAUAUUUAUGCAUUAACAACAUUAAUAAGGUUUUGUUUUAUUCUUUGUUUUAAUAGAGAAGCAAUAAUAUCUCAGAUAAGUACAAGUGUAACUGAAUCUAUGAAAAAUAAGAAUAUUGAAAAUGUUAAUAAUUCAAAUAAAUUGUUAAACAAACUCAGUAAAAGUGCAGUUACUUCUGUAUCCAAAGAUCUAAUAAAAGAAAUUCAACAAAUAGAAAAAAGAUCUCUGUUUCAACAGGAUUCAGAUGACGAGGAUUUAUUUGUUGAAAAGAAACCAAUUGCUACCCUAGCUUCAAGAUCAAAAGAAAAUUCAGCCAUAAAGAUUAAGUCACCAAGAACUAUAUUUUCAGAUUCUGAUUCAGAUGAUGACUUUAUAAAUUCAAAAUCGACCACCAAACCAGUAAUUUCUCAUGUUAAUGAUAAUCAUUCAACUAAACUUUUAGAUUCAUCAUCAGAAGAUGAUUUAUUUAAUGAUAAGUCUUUAAAUAAUAAAUCAACACUAAAACAAAAAAAUACAUUAUUUUCUUCUUCAGUGCAUGAUCAAAUAUUUAAUCAGUCAAAACAAGUAAAUAAUGAAAUAAAACAAAAAUUAGAAUCAUCUAUACAUGAAAAAAAUGCUCGACAAAUAUUAAACAAGAAAAUUGUUGACGAGUUGAUGGAAAGUAAUUCAAAAGAAUCAAAUAUUUUGGCUGAAAAUGCAGUUAUAAGAAAAGAAUCUUUACCAAAUCUUAAUGCUUUAAAUAGAAAUAUUACAGAACCCCCACCUAUGAACAACCCAAUAAAGACUUUAAGUUCACAAAAUAAAACGAAUCUUAGUAAGUUUUUUUCAUCUGAUGAAGACGAUUUGGAUGAUAUGUUUUUAAAUGUUAACAAACUUAAUGAGAAUAGGAUUAAAAAGGACCAAACAAUUCAUGGGUCUGGUAAAAUAGUUCGAAACAGUAAUAAUGAACUAAAUGAGUCAAAAGUGAAAAUGUUUGAUUCUUCUUCUGAUGAUGACAUUUUCAUUACUAAUAAAUCAAAUAAUAAUUUAAUAUCAUCAAAAAUAAAUAAACUGUCGGAUUCAGAAGAAAUUAAAACUAUAGGAUCAAAAUUAAAUGAUAAUCAUGCCAUAAUUAAUCAAUCAAAAAUUACAGACAAUUUAGAUAAGACAAAUUCAAUAAAAAAUAAAAACAUGUUAAGCAUUUUAUCUGAUGAUGAUGAAGAUGAUAAUUAUUUGUCUUUCAACAGUAGUUCUGAUCUCUCUUUUAACAUAUCUAAUAUUCAUAAUUUAGAAGAGAACUCUAAAGCAAUGAGUUUAUCAUCUGAAGAAUUUUUAAGUCCACAAACAGAUCUGAAAAAUAAAAAUAUUUUUAGAAAUUCCUCAUCUGAAAGUUUGCUCAAUAGACAGAAUCAAAAGUUAAUUGAUGAAGAAGAAAUAGCCAUACCUGCAAAUGAAAUACCACACACUCCUAAUGAAGAUUCUAUUCAGAAGAAUAUACUGUCUAUAUUAUCAAGUAGUGACGAUGAAGACCAGAUAUCAUUUAAUUCGUACGCCCACAGCAAAAAUAUUGAAAAAGAAACUAAAGAGAUUCGCCAUACAUCAAAUUCAUCUUUUGAGAAUGUACUUGAUAAUCAGAAUAAUUCUAAUAUAUUAAAUGAAAAAAAGACAAGUACAACCAAUAAUGAUAAAUUAUUUUCUUCUACUGAAAAUUUAAAUCAAACUAAUCAAUUGCUUAUGCUAUCAAAUAGUGAUGAUGAAGAUUUAGAAAUUAAUUACAAAGACACACAAAAAAAGACUAAAUUCAUUGAAUCUAAAACAGAUUCAAAAGAGUCUCUUAAUGAUUAUACUGAUGGCUCGUCUUUCAGUACACCAAAUUCAAGAGACGAACCAACAAAAAUAUUGCCAGGUAUUUAUUAUUUAGUUAUUUAUUUAAUAUUGAUAUACUAAUAAUUGUACUUAUACAUUUUCCUUUAAUUGAGAUCCUAAUAUUUUAUUGCUUUAAUUGAUUGUAUAAAUAUAUCACACUUUUAGUCCAGACAUUCAAAACAUUGAACAUAAUUAUAGCAAACAUAUUUAAAAAUAAAUUUAUAUUCUGAGUUUAAAAUAUUUUUAAUUAAACAUAAUAAUUGUAUUAAAACUUAAAAUAUCAGGGCAACUCUUGCAGAAUUAAGGUAAUAUAACAACUGGAUCACACUUCACUUUUAUAUUUGGAGCGUAGCAAGGGAUUAUUUUUUUUUUACUAUGAUGUGUUUUUUUUUUUAAAUUUUGUAUCUAAACAACUUUUUUUACCAGAAAUCUUGCUCCAAUGUUUCAAGUGUAGUAUCAUCCCUAAAUAGAAUCUUUAUUUAGUUAAUAUAUUAAGCAGGUAAUUUUUUAUAUUCUAAAGGGUUUUCAUAAUAACGGUGGAAAAUAGGCAAAUCUUUAUGACGUUGCUGAUUUCAUUGUUUUGAUUUUUGCAAACUAUGUUUUCUACUAGAUAUUGCUUUAAUAGUGAAACACCAACAGAUAUUUUUGUUGCAUUUUAGAUUUAGUUGCUCACGGAGAAAGUUUUUUUUUGAUUUUCCAAGUAGUUUUUAUAAAAAUUGGGAAAACCGCCAAAAGACAUAAUAUGAAAAACGAACAAAUUUAUGGCGUAUAAUUUCAUUAUUUUAAAUUAUUACACACAAUGUUUUCUUACAGAAAUAUUGCUCCAAUAGAAAAACCACAAGAGAAUUUUUUAAUUCCAUUAUUAAUCUAUAGUUGGUGAGUAAGUAAUUUGUUUUUAAUUUCCUAAGUAGUUUGUGUAAUAAUAAAAAACAUUAAAUAAAAACUGACCAAAUUACAAACAAAGUACGACCUUUAUGAUUUCAUUAUUUUAAAUUUUUAUACUUGUAUACUAUGUUUUCUACCAAAAAUAUGACUUCAAUAGAAUAUCAACAAAGAUACUAUUUUCUGAAUUUUUAAUCUAAUUUAUGAGGAAGAAAAUUGUUUUUGAAUUUUCCUUGUAGUUCGUUUAAUAAUUGAGCAAAACCAAAAAAAAACAUAAAGAAUGGGAAAAUGUACGAAAAUAGCGCUUUUAUUAUUUUUAUUUUAUAUUUUUUUUUUUUUUUUGUAAUUCAGUUAAAAUAUUCAUAUAGACUUGAAAUUUUAAUAGAAAACUUAUGUUUGCUUUUUCUUGGCGUCAAAUUUUCAAAACAUUUUAUAUUUGAGCUAUUUAUAGAAAUUUUAAUUGAGCGAGUUUUUUUUAUGUAAUUUUUAUUUGUUAUCUGCUCUGUGGAUAAAAUUGUUAGAUUAAAUAGAAAUGCUUGUAAAUUUGACAGAAGGUUCAUUAUGAUUCACACUUAAAAAAAUAAAUUGAGUGUUACGUAGUAUUUUUUUUUUUUUACAAGUUUUAAAAUCAAAUUUUGAUGAAAAUUGUAAAUAUUACUACUUUUUAAAAUAUUUGUUACUAAACUUCGUUCCAAAUUGUUUUUCAUUAGCCUUAGGUUAUUUUUGUUUACAGAUAUAAAUUAAAUAACUAGGUAUCCUAUCUUUCCAACUUCCCACAUACAACAGUGGCACACUUGCCUCUAGUAUCAGUUUUAUUUUUAAAAUUUGUUUUCAGUUUUUUCAGAUAAAUCAAUAUAGGUACUAAUCAAUUGUAUCAAUAAUAAUUACAAAUAUUUUAAUUUUCAGGAAAACUAAAUAAAAACGCAGGUGCUUUUAUAAAUAUUGCUGGUCUACUCCCAAAUUCUAAAAAACCAUUGAACAUAUCAGCUAUUCCUAAAUCAGCUUCAUUAGAUGAAAAAAAUGAUGAAUAUUUACCAACUAUUGGAACAAAGCUUUAUAGUGCUGGAAAAGUAAAUUAUAUUUUUAUUAUUUAUUAACUUUUUAUGUAAUAAUUUAUUUAUUUUAACCUUUAAUUUUUUUUUAGGAAAGAGUUAAAAUUCAAGUAAAAAGACGUCCACAAAGUCGAAAAGCUAGAAUAGCCGCAUCUCGAAUGUCAUCUAUAGAUAUUGGUCAUGAAUCUAAUUUUCAAGAGUCUUCUCGUUUGUUUAGUUCAACAUCUGAUUUAGUUGAUCAUCAAUCUAGUUCAAUUUUAAACGUUACAGAUUUUUCAAAUGAACUUCAGUACAAAAUUCAAGAAUCUUUCGAUACUAAAUUAAUAACUAACAAUGAUAAAAUAUAUGAAGGCAGUGAACAAAUAUUAACAAACAAUAAAGUGAAAAAACAAGCAGUCUUGAAUUUAUUUGAUGAUGAUUCUAAUUUAUUUGAAUCUAGACAAAAAGAAACAAAAAAAACAAACGAAGAUAAAGAUAAAAAAGAGCAAAUAUUUCAUGAAGGAUUAUCAGAAUCUAAAUUAAUACACAAAGAGCACACAGAAAAUGAGCUUCCACUUGAUAAACAAGUUAAAGCGAUUGUAGAAGAUCAAACAGUGAAAGAGGUAAUAGAAAAUGAAUCUACAUCAAAUCAAAAUACCAAAUUAUCUAGGAAAUCCAAUUAUUUAUUUGAUGACAAUGAUGAUAUAUUUUCUUCAAAAACUGAAAAAGUUAAAAAAACAUCCAGUUUAUUUGAUAGUGAUGAUGAAUUUGAAUUUAGUCAGAAAUUUACCAAAAAGACCAUGUUGAAAACUAAUUCAAUAUUUGGUGAUGAUAGUGAUGAUGAUUUAUUUAGCUCUACCAACAAAUUAUCCGCUAGUAAUUUACCUUUACAAAAACCAAUCGGUGAGAAACACUAUUUUAUUAAAUUGUAUUCAUGUUUAAUAAACAGUUUUAAAAACCAUUCUAAAUUACAAACGUACAAAUGUAAUAAUAUCUUUUUACAUGUUUUUUUUUAGAUAAUUUAAGUCUACAGAAUAACCGAUCCAGUGCUGAUGGUUAUGUAAAACUUGCAGCUGAAAGUGUUGCCAUUAACCCAUUAGAAUCUAAGGAAACUUAA